AUGCAAAUUCAUCCAAUUCAAGCUCUCAGUACUACAUUAAAAGAAGAAUCUUAAAUUCAUAUAUCUGGAAGUGAAGAGAAAUUACUAAAGACUAAGCAAACAAUUCUUGAUCGUUCUCCAGUUAAUUAAGAAGCAUUAAAUACUUAUUUGAAAAGUACUCAUCCUACUGAUGUUGAUGAUAAAUUAUAUGAUUGUACAAAUUGUUAUGAUGUGGAUGUUGGUUUUAAUUGUUGUUGCAGUACUGAAUUUUAAUCUGACAUAAAUUAAUAUGGAGCUGGUAUUACUAUAUAUUUUCGAUUUCUCAAAUAAGUAUUACAUCAUAUAUCAUAUAUAGAUUAUUUUAUACUUUUUACUAUUUGCUCUUCUGAGUAUUCCUUAAUUGAUGUUCUCAUUAUCUUGUGUCCAAGAUACAUUGACACUUAAUUCAAUACUUAUGGGUACUACAUUAGGAUCAUUGAGUCUUCAAGGAGAUUCUUGUAUCAAAAUGUCUUGGGAUGAUGUAAUAUUGAAUGUAAUAAAUUAUAUCAUUAUAUAUAUAGAAUAAUGUAUCACUAGAUACUGCAACUAUUUUAGAGAAAACAACAUUUAAUUGUAAUUCUGGAACUAUAUCAGCUUAAAAUUUUGUUUUAGGAUUUGUAUAAGAAGGUAGUAAUUCUAUUCCUUGUACUUAUUAUGAACCAUCUUAAGCAAUAAUAAAUUGUACUAAUUCUAAAGCAUUUGCAGAGAUAGAAAAUAAAUGUAUUGGAUAAUAAUCUUGUGAAUUCAUAAUUAGAGAAUCUUUAUUUGAUAAUUGUCCUGAUAUGCAUAAUUAUAUGGUUUAUGCAUAUUCAUUUUGUUAGGAUUCUGAAUUUUCACUUGGAUCAAUAAGUAUUAAGAAUAAUACAGUAUCUAUAAUAUGUGGUUAUAUUGAUUUGAUGAUUGUUCUUAUUACAGCAAUCUUUCUGUUUACGUAUAUAAAUAUAAUUAAUUUAAAGAUUGGAGAGAUAAGAAAAAGAAACUAUGAAAAAUGUAAAUGAAAGUGAAGUAUUUAUAGAAAAUUUUUCAUUAGAAUUUAGAAAUCUUCCUGAAAGUUCAGAUCCUAGAGAAUUAUUUUAAAAAUUAAUAGAAAUAGAAUUAUAAUUAACUAAGAAAUUUCCUUAAAUACCUAGUUUUCAUAUUGUAGAUAUUUAAUUUUCAAAAGGAAAUAAAUCAGUAUUAAUAGGUGAGGAAAGAGCUUUAAUUAUAAAAAAGAGAAAUAAUUUAGUUAGAAGAUUUGAAAAUAAAUUUAAGGUUUCUUUAGUAACUUCAAUGGAUUUAAAAUAAAAUUUAGCAACAGCUGUAUUGUAAUAGUCUUUAAAUUAAUUAUAAUAAAAAGAAGAUGCAUAAGAUAUUUUAGAUGAAAUAUAGAAAUUAGAAAAUUAAAUUUCUGAAUUUGAUAAUUAAAUAUAAUAACCAGAAUAAUUUAAUGAGAAUAUAAAAUAUGCUUGGAUUACAUUUGAUACAAUUGAAUAAAGAAAUAUGGCAUAUUUUAUUUAUUAAGAAGAUUAUUUACGUGAUCUCUUUUCUUGUUGUGGUUGUAAUGAAAUAAUGAAAAUUGAUAAUGUAAUAAUCAAAGCAUAACCUGCACCUCCACCAGAUGAUAUUAAUUGGAUGAAUUUAUAAUAUUCAAAUAUAGAAUUAAUUGCACGUAGAACACUUAGUUUUAUGCUUACUUUCAUAUUAAUGAUAUUCACUAUUGCAGCUAUUAUAUUCUUAAAGUAAUUAUUUAUAAUUAAUAUAGAUAUUAAUAAUUAACCUAUUAAUAAGAUUAUCCAGAACCUAAUUGUACUAUGUAUCCUAAUAUUACUGAACCUGAUGUAAUUACUGAUUAGAAUAAAGAUGUUAAGAAAGGAUUAUUGGAAUGUUAUUGCAAAGAAGAUUUUAUAAAUAGAAUAAAUAUGACUUUUAGUAAUGGUUAAUAAUUAUGUUAAUAAUGGUUUAAUGAUUAUGUUAAAAUUGUUGGUUGGCCAUUUCUAAUAGUAGUUGUUAUUAUUUUUAUAAAUUAAAUUAUUUAAAUAAUAUUUACAAGUAAUUAUAUUAUUUUAUUUUAGAAUUUGCUGAAUUUGAAGGUCAUAGAUCAAAAUCAAAAUAAUUAUCAUCUCGUCUUCUGAAAGUAUUUGUUGUUUAAUACAUAAAUACAGCAUUAGUAAUAUUGAUAAUUAAUAUCAAAUUUACAAAUGAAUUAAAUAUAUCAUCUUUUUCAGUAUUAUUAAAUGGUAAAUUUGAUGAUAUUAGUGUUUAAUGGUUUAAUUAAGUUGGAACAACAAUUGUAAUUAAUAGUUAUAUUAUAUUUAGUUAUUGACUAUGUUAAUUUAUGUAAUAGGUCCAAUAAUAAAUAUAGUUAUUAAUAGUAUAAUUAGAUGUUUAAAGAAAUGUUUUGAUUAAUGUGGUUUAUAAGAUGGUUAAUUUACUAGAAAAUUAACAUAAUAAGAUUUAAAUGAAUAUUAUACAGGUUCAGAUUUCAAUGUGGAACUUAAAUACUCAUAAAUUUUAACUGUUAUUUGUGUUAAUUUCUUAUAUUCUUCAGGAAUGCCAUUAUUGUAUUUAACAACAGCAUUAUUUUUAUUUAUUACAUAUUGUUGUGAUAAAUAUUUUUUAUUACAUUUUUGUAAGACUCCACCAAAAGUAGAUGAUAGUGUUGCUAAAUUAGUAAGAUAAAUAUUAAAAUUACGAUUAAUAUGGCAUGUAAUAUUUUCAAUUUGGAUAUAUGGAUCAACAAAGUUAUUCCCUGAAAAUAUAGAUUUCACUUAAUCAAUCUAAUCAUCAUCUAUUGUUUAAUCAGCAUAAAAUAAUGUAUUUGGAGAAUUCUUUACAAGAGCUAUAACAAGUUAAUGUAUUGGUUUAACUUGUAUAUUGAUUUUACUUAUAAUAUAUUACAUACUUUGGCCAUUUGUUAUAAGUCCAAUUUUGAGGACAAUAUUCUUUUUUUGUUAUAGUGAAUCUACUUUAUUUGAUAAAGUAGAGAAUACAUAUAUUACUAUGUAAUAAUCUAUUUAUGAAUGUAAUAAUAAAUAAUAUUUUAGUAUAUUCAUAAGAUUAAGCAAAUUAAAUAAUGUAAUUGUUAAGAGUUUAAAGAUAAGAUGCAUAAGAAAAGGGAUAAUAAUAAUUUGCAUUAUUAAUGGGAGAACGAUUAGCAAGAAUGCAAGCACUCAAAUUUUUUAAAGGGUUGAUAAAUGGACUACAUUCAUAUGACAUUGUCUUGAAUCCUAAGUAUUCAUAAUAUCACACUCUUUGA